GUCACUACCAAGUCACUCACCAUCGCUUGGUUUCGUCUUGGUUUCUACCAGUAAUAAUCCAACGUUCGCCUGCCACAUUUCACCACAUUUCACCAGGUCAUCUUAAGGAAUUCCUGGGACAGAGCCGGGGAGGCAAAUCAACUAAUCAAGUUGGUCUUUGGUUGUUGAAAAAUAGCAGUCACUGCCUUUUUUCCCAAUCAUCCUUGUUUUCCCCCAAGCUUAACUGCUGUUCCUGCUACUCAAAACAACACCUCAAAAUACACCUCGUCAGGCUCUAAUUUCAUUUCAUCAUCAAAUUCAUCCUCUUCGGACUACAUGCCGUUCAAUCAUGCAGCGUACUACGCAAUCGAGUCAGACACCUAACCGUCGUCGCCAAGGCGGCCGGCAUCGCACCACCCCUAAGACCACUACUUACGCUUCUGAGAACGACGUUCCCUCUCGCCGGUCGGAACCUCUUGCGGGAAGCCCAGGUACACCUAAUCAAGAAACUCGCAAGUCGCAGCGCGCCAGUUCCACCGGCCAAAAGUCGCGCAACAGUAACAAGAAGCCUAAGAAGCCUAAGGCUAAGGAUGCUGCCGAAACAAUCGGCACCUCUAAGUCGGAUCGCAAUAGUCCGCUUCCUCAAUCUAAGAACAACGAUGUCCCUAUUUUCGCAGGCUCAACUUUCCAUGCUUCCCCUGCCCCCUCGGAUUUGCCGAUCCCAAGCUUCUUCAGUGCCGCAGCGGUCGACACUCCCCAGACAAUGAAGACGAAGACCACCAUGUCUAGCCCCGAGCAAGGUCUCUCUUGCUCGACCACGGACACAGAGGGAACGAGAAGCCCAAGCCCGGUAUCCAUUCCGCGGGCUGAAGACUCCCCUUUGGAGUUACUCUUCCGUGCCGACAGAGCUGAGAAGGCUAGAGUUCGUAGAGCGAGCUCUACCCAUGCGGAUGCCCACAGCCUCAGUCCUUUCUCUCCACCUCUAGAGUCUCACAGCUACUCUGUUAAGGAAUACAGCCAUUUCCCGACAGCAACCAUUCCCGGUCCCAUGCGACGUCCGGCAGCUAAUCUCAAGCGCCCUGGGAGCAUGGGGAUCUCUGCGGAUGAGCUAGAUGGUGAUCCGCAUCAACCAAUUGGAGCCGCUUUCUCCACACCCUUCCAUGAACGCAUGCAAGCGGUUCGUUCUAAUAACGGCCCCACACUUGGUGCACUUGCAAACCAAGACACCAACUCGUCAGACACUUUAAAACGAUACUUAUUCACCGGCCGCCUUGCUCGUGAUGACGAGGCGGCCAAACAGCUAUCAGACUCCGCGCGCCAGAUUCCGGAGCAAUUCUCCCCGCAGCUUGACAAGCGCCCGCAACAUCCCAAUUUGCCACGUCGUAUGCCUCGUGGGAUGUUUCCAGCCUCAGUUCUUACGGGAAACGCGCGAACUGGCCAGCCGGCAAUCCCGCCUGUGCAGGCGAAUCUAACGCAUUAUCAGCCAGACCAAAUCUCGUCAAUGGAGGAUAGCCUUCGCCGAGUGCUCAAGUUAGAUUCGCCUAGCCGGUCGGUGUCUUCACGUUAACUACAUCCACAACCACUUUCACAUUCCUCUGAACCAACUUUACGUAUGGUGCUAUUGGCGUCUAGAGACAGAUAAUGGGUUACCUUGACAACGAAACUACCAUUUCCCUUUGUUAUGGGUAUCACGGGUACCAUACGACCACGGCGCACUACAUCUUCAUUUCGUCUCUUGUUUUCUCUUAUUUUUUCAGAGGGACGGCGUCUGCUGUACUGUGAUACUUAGGAAUAGUCACGGCUAGGCAUUUCGACAUUUACGCAUGAUACAAGAGACACCAGGGCAACGCAUUCUUGC